AACGUGUUUUCCAUCCAUGUCAAGCAACAAUAAUAUAAAUCUCGAAUUCAUAUGUACACAGCAAAGUAAAAUUAAUACAAAAUUUGUGAUUUCGUGUUUGAUAUUUUGGAAAUAUUUCUUCCACAAACGGUCAAUAUGUAUGCCGCGGUGAAACCGCUAUCCAAAUACUUGCAAUUGAAAUCAGUUCGCAUAUAUGAUGUGGUAUUCACUUUGCACUCCAAAUGUACGGUAGUGAUUUUAUUAACUUGCACAUUUCUGCUAUCAGCAAAGCAAUAUUUCGGUGAACCUAUACAAUGUAUGGGCGAUGACAAAUACAGUGAAUUUGUUAAUUCAUAUUGCUGGACAAUGGGCACUUAUAUAUACAAUGUUUUCGAUGUACGAGAUCGUGUACCACAUGGCAACAAAUUGUUAAAUACGCAGACUGGAGAAGCCUCUCCAUAUAUAGCCGAGGGAUUAAUUCCAGAGGUUUAUGGUGUAACAGAACGAGUGUAUUUGCGUUAUUACCAAUGGGUCAUUAUGUUAUUACUUCUGCAAUCGGUUUUCUUUUAUUUUCCAUCUUUCCUUUGGAAGAUGUGGGAAGGUCAACGACUGAAACAAUUAUGCUCCGAAGUUGGUGAUGCAUUGAUUCCCGAAAAUACUUACGUAGAACGUUUAAAAUUGUUAGUGAAAUACUUCUCAACCGACUAUAAGGAAAUACACUUUUGUUAUAUGGUAAAAGGCCUAACAUGUGAAGUCCUGAAUUUUGUAAUUGGUGUUAUCAAUAUUUUGUUGCUUAACGUGUUUUUAAACGGAUUUUGGACAAAGUAUAUUGAAGCGCUUACUGCCGUUCCACGUUAUGAUUGGGACAACUGGAAUCGAAUGAGCUCCCGAAUUUUUCCCAAAGUUGCUAAAUGCGACUACUUUGUUUUUGGACCAGGCGGUUCUCAAACCAGGCGCGACGUCCUCUGUAUUCUCCCACUGAAUAUAUUAAACGAGAAGAUUUUUGUUUUUUUAUGGUGCUGGUUCCUCAUUAUCGCAGUAAUCGCCGGUUUGAAUUUGCUGUACCGCCUAUUUUUAAUGUCCAGCAGAACUUUUCGGUUAAAAAUGAUAAGUACUCAGUUGCGUCCAAUGUCUACCACACAGGUACAGCUCGCUUUAGAGAACAUCAGCUUUGGUGACUGGUUUUUGCUAUUUAAAGUCAGUGUAAAUAUUAAUCCAAUGUUAUUUCGAGAUUUAAUUAACGAACUAUACAAGCAACAUAAAUUGAGUAAUAAUUUGUCUUCGGUGUAAGAACUCAUCUCACUAAAAUUGACAUUGCAAAUAUAUGCGUAUGUACUGACUGAGUGUACAUAAAAUAUUCCAUAUUAAAUUUUGAAAAUAAUUUUAGAUUCUUAAAGAAUGGAAAAAUCGGUUUAUUUUAAGUUC